UACAUCCAACGAAUUCUUUGGAAAGUUCUAGUGAUUCAGUGAUCUCUUCUUCUCUCUCUCUCUCUUUCUCGAGCUCGAUCUCGGUGGUAAUGGCGCCUCAGAUGAUGAACAAGGCCGUGGCUGUGAACGGUGGUGCGAUUGGGAAGCAAGGCGGGAAUGGGAAGCGGGCUUACGUGACGUUCCUCGCCGGAGAUGGUGACUAUGUGAAGGGUGUUGUUGGAUUGGUUAAAGGACUGAGAAAGGUGCGUUCCUCUUACCCUCUCGUUGUCGCCGUGCUGCCUGACGUGCCGGAGGAUCAUCGGAAACUUCUUGAGAAGCAAGGUUGCAUCGUCCGUGAGAUCCAGCCUGUUUAUCCGCCGGAAAACCAAACCCAGUUCGCCAUGGCGUACUAUGUCAUCAACUACUCCAAGCUUCGUAUCUGGGAGUUCGUGGAGUAUAGCAAGAUGAUUUACCUGGACGCGGACAUACAGGUAUACGAAAACAUCGAUUACUUGUUCGAUCUCCCCGAUGGUCACUUCUAUGCCGUGAUGGAUUGCUUUUGCGAGAAGACAUGGAGUCACACCAAACAAUACCAGAUCGGCUACUGCCAGCAGUGUCCAAACAAGGUGGAAUGGCCAGAGAGCAUGGGACCUCGCCCUGCUCUCUACUUCAACGCCGGCAUGUUCGUCUCUGAACCCAGUCUCACAACCUGUGAAAAAAACUCCCUCUCCACCGUCCGCAUCACAACCCCAACCCCAUUCGCAGAACAAGACUUUCUAAACAUGUUCUUCAAAGACAUCUACAAGCCAAUCCCUUUGAUCUACAACCUCGUGUUAGCAAUGCUAUGGCGCCAUCCUGAGAACGUCGAGCUGCACAAAGUCAAGGUCGUCCAUUACUGUGCUGCGGGUUCUAAGCCCUGGAGGUAUACUGGGAAAGAAGCAAACAUGGAUAGAGAGGACAUUAAGAUGUUAGUGAAGAAGUGGUGGGAUGUUUACAACGAUGAAGCUCUAGACUAUAAAGGUCCAGUUUUGGUGGAUGGUGUUGAUGAGCAGAGGAACCAGCCUUUGCUUGCCGCUCUCUCUGAGGCUGGUGUUGUUCACUAUACUACUGCUCCUUCAGCGGCAUGAUUUCACCACUUUGGCCUACACUUGUCUGAUGAUUUAGUGUGGCUUUUAAUUUAUUUUUAAUUUUUAGUUUUUCUUUUCUUUUGGGAGGUCAUGUGAUAUGUGUGUGAUAGUUUGAGUAAUGUGAAAAUAUAUAUAAUGUAAUUUUUAUAGUAAUAACAAAAAGAAAAA